AUGUCUGAAUUCGCCUUUCGCCCCGACCCCUCCUCCCACGCCGACUGCGCCGAGAACCACCGGCGCAUGCUCGCCGGCGAGCUCUACUACAGCUGGACUCCCGACCUGGUAAAAGGCAGAGCGCGCUGCAAGAGCGCCAUGCUCAAGUAUAACACGGAGGCAGCGGACGGGGAAACGUCAAGGAGGAGGGUAGCCGAGUUGUUGAUGGACCUCCUCCAAGACCCAACCCCCUUGCCUCCCAAGCUGGACGACCCCGAGCAAGACGCCGACCAAUUCGAUGACUUCCCCUACAUCGACACGCCCAUCAAGAUGGACUACGGCAGCAAUGUCAAGCUGGGCAAGGGGGUGUACAUGAACUCGUCGUGCACUUUGCUAGACGUGUGUCCCAUCACCAUCGGGGCACGCACGCUCAUCGGCCCAAAUGUCCACUUUUACUCUGCCUCGCACCCCAUUGAUCCCAUCACGCGGAACGGAAUGAGGGGCCCGGAGCUAGGGAAGCCGAUUACGGUUGGGGAGGAUUGUUGGUUUGGUGGGAGUUGUGUGGUGUUGCCGGGCGUGACGAUUGGGAGGGGGGUGGUGGUUGGAGCGGGAAGUGUGGUGACGAAGGAUGUAGAGGAUUUUGUGGUUGUUGCGGGGAAUCCGGCGAGGGUGGUGAAGAGGUUGGAUGUGGAGAGGGAGAAGUAUGAGGCGAUGGUAAAGGAGAAUAAGGAGAGGGGGCAUUAA